AUGGCUCCCUUAGCAAUCCUCACCAUCUCCUUAUGCUGCUGCUUCCUCUUCUUCUUCUUCUUCCCUCAAAAAGUAGCAAGCGCUACCAACUGUGUUGAAUCAACAUGCACACCGGGCGGCGCAUGGGUUCGAUUUCCUUUCUGGCUAAGAAACCUUCAACCCUCCAGUUGUGGAUAUCAAGGGUUUGAUCUCUCAUGCAACAACCAAACCAUUCUCACUCUCCCAUCUUCCGGGGACUUCUUCGUCAAGACCAUCAGCUACAGGGACCAAACCGUAUGGCUCAGCGACCCCGAUAACUGCCUCCCUAAGCGGUUCCUUGACCAUGACGUCAGUCUUCAAGGUACACCCUUCUUAUUUGCUCAGGACCUUGAGACAUACACUUUCCUCAACUGCUCAGCAUCCCAAACAACAGAGCCUUCAGCCAUCCCUUGCCUCAGUAGUGACUCUUACUACGUCAUUGUCGUGUCAUCGGGUUGGUCAACGUCAUUGUCAACGGCUAAUCAUGCAUCGUCAUCAUCUCUCUGCUCUGUGAUUUCGACAACUUUGGUUCCACCAAGUUUGGUUGAGGGAUAUCUUAGCUCUAGUCUCCAGUUGGCUUGGAGUGUGCCUGAUUGUGGUUCUUGUGAAGCAAACGGUAUAAUUUGUGAGUUGGACAAUGCUACAAGUUCACAAACUAUAUGUCCGCAUUCAAAAUCAGGUCCUUCAGGUCCUUCAGGUCUUUCAAGCGCUGCCAAAAACGGCAUAAUGAUAGGGGUGGGAAUUCCAGCGCUAUUUUGCGUCAUUGGGCUUUCUUUUUAUUUUCACAACAAAAUGAUGAGGGCUCCUGAUCAGCUCCGUCAACCCGUAUCUGCCGAUGUACCCAAUCGGCAACCUCCGGUGCUCGCAAUAUCGGGUCUUGAUGGUCCGACCAUCGAGUCAUAUCCCACGACUGAGCUUGGUGAAACUUGGGAACUGCCAUAUCCCAAUGACAACACUUGCCCAAUAUGUUUGGCUGAGUACCAGGCCAAGGAAACAUUGAGGGCUAUGCCAGAAUGCAACCAUUAUUUUCAUGCUAGUUGUAUAGACAAAUGGCUCAAAAUGAAUGCGACGUGCCCACUUUGUCGAAAUCCACCAGAGGCUAGCAAAAUAAUAAGUCCUGUGAUUUAG